AUGCUCGUUUUUUUAAGCGAAGGAGAGCCUAGUGAAUAAACAGAUUAAUUUCUUAAUUAGGAUCCAGACCUCGCUUUAUCUAAGAAAGGAGAGGAGCAAGCAAAAUAAACAGGUUAGGCAUUAAAAUAGAUCAUAAAUGAACACAUCAACUCCCAAAAAUUAAAUCCUAAAGAAUUGGUCUUUGUAUUUAUGUCAUCGCAACACAUAAGAUGUAUACAAACUCUAGCAAUUGUUAUGUAGUACUUACCUGCUGAAAACAAAAUAAUAUACAUUUAAAAUUAAUUAAGUGAUCUUUAAUUACCUAAUCUCUACAAACAGGAACCUUUGAAAGAACACUUUUAAAUUAAUUACGAUAAAAAGAUACUAGGUUAAUUUGAUAAACUAUAUGGAGUAGAGAUUAGGAAAUAAAAUUAUAUAAAAGGCAUAAAUGUUGAAUUAAAAUAUCCAGAGGAUUAAGUAUACUGCAGAGCUAGAGUAGGAUCAUUUUUAAUUUAAAUAUAAAAGUAUGUCAAUGGAUUUACAAAUAAAAAUCAUCAUAUCUAUAUUUGCGCAACUCAUCUUGGAGUUUAAGAGAUUUUAUUAGAUCAUUAUGACGGAAAAUGCAAGAAUAUUGACUAUUGUUCUUUAACAACUAUCUGUUUCCCUGAAAACUGGCAAAAUCCUAAAUUGACCCUUAAAGCUAAGACAUUUUGGAAAUGA